AUGGGAGCAUUAAUAGCAGGAGCACAAUAUAGAGGACAAUUUGAAGAAAGAUUAAAAGCAGUAAUAAAAGAAGUUAAAGAAAGUAAAAUACCUAUUAUAUUAUUUAUAGAUGAAAUUCAUACAGUAUUAGGAGCAGGAGCAACAGGAGAAGGAGCAAUGGAUGCAGCUAAUAUUUUAAAACCAAUGUUAUCAAGAGGAGAAUUACGAUGUAUUGGAGCAACAACAUUAGAAGAAUAUAGAAAAUAUGUAGAAAAAGAUCCAGCAUUUGAAAGACGAUUCCAACAAGUUUAUGUAAAAGAACCAAGUGAAGAAAAUACAUUAUACAUUCUUCGAGGAAUACGAGAGAAAUAUGAAAAUCAUUAUGGAUUAACAAUUACCGAUUCAGCAUUAGUUUCAGCAACAACAUUAAGUAAAAGAUAUAUUAAUGGAAGAUUUCUUCCAGAUAAAGCAAUUGAUUUAGUUGAUGAAGCAUGUGCUACAUUAUUUACACAAAAGAAUUCACAACCAGAAGAAAUAGAUAAAUUAGAAAGAAGAGAAACACAAUUAAAUGUAGAGAAAAUAGCAUUAGAAAGAGACAUUAAAGAAAGUGAUGAAGACCAUAAUAAAAUGAUUAAAGAAAGACUACAAGAAAUUGAAAAAGAAUUAAGUGAAAAUAAAGAGAAAUUAACAAAAUUACGAAUUAAUUAUGAAAAAGAAAAAGGAGGAAGUGAAGAAAUGAAAGAACUUGCAACGAAAAUAGAAGCUAUGAAACAUAAAGCAGAAAGUACUAAAGAUUUAGAAGUAGCAGCUGAUUUAAAAUAUUAUGCAAUACCAGAAGCAGAAAAACGAAUGAAGAAUUAA